AUGGACGUGGGAGAAGCAAUUUCGCUCUUGUUGGUGGUUUUUUGUUCCACCUUAAUCCUCCUGUCAGCAUGGAGCCAAAUAGCCCAAAGAAGAAGCCUACCGCCAGGCCCCACUCCCCUCCCUGCUUUGGGCAACCUGUUAGACCUGAAAGCCAAUGAUAUAUUGAAGUCAUUCAAGAAGCUGAGAGACCAAUACGGGCCUGUCUUCACAGUCCAUUUGGGCCCGCGGCGUGUGGUAGUCCUAUAUGGCUACAAGGCAGUCAAAGAAGCUCUGGUGGACCAUGCUGAGGAGUUCAGUGGGAGAGGGCUUCUGGCCACCGUGGAUGACUUCGUUCAUGGAUUAGGGAUUGCAUUCGCUAAUGGGGAACGUUGGAAACAGCUCCGUCAAUUCACGCUCAGCACCUUGAGGAAUUUCGGGAUGGGAAAAAGACCUGUUGAGGAACGGAUCCAAGAAGAAGCCCAGUACCUGCUGGAGGAAUUCAGAAAAACAAAUGGUUCACUAUUUGACCCCACGUUUUUCCUGAGCUGUACAGUCUCCAAUGUCAUCUGUGCCAUUGUCUUUGGCCAACGCUUCGACUACAAAGACAAAGACUUCCUCUCCUUACUAACCAAGAUAAAUGAUUCUUUUGUGAGGAUGAGUACCACCUCAGGUCAGCUGUAUGAAAUGUUCUCCUCGAUUAUGAAGCACCUGCCAGGCCCCCACCAGAAACUGUUCCAAAAUCUUCAGGACAUCUGUGAUUUUGUGGCUGAGAGGGUCAAACUAAACAAGGCUUCACUGGAUCCUGAGAACCCACGCGACUAUAUUGACUGCUUUCUUAUUCAGAUGGAAAAGGAGAGCAAGAAUCCUUCCAGUGAGUUUCACCUCCAAACCAUGAUCAUGUCUGUUCUCAACUUAUUCGUUGCUGGGACCGAGACAGUGAGCUCCACACUCCGGUUUGGAUUCCUGAUUCUGAUGAAAUACCCAGAGAUACAAGCAAAAGUGGUGCAAGAGAUCGACGAUGUGAUUGGGAGCAACCGCCAGCCAAAAGUGGAGGAUCGAAUCCGGAUGCCAUACACCGAGGCUGUCAUCCAUGAGAUGCAGAGAUUUGGGGACGUCCUCCCCAUGAACCUCCCUCAUGCCAUGACACGGACAAUACAGUUUCGAGGAUACACUUUGCCCAAGGGACUGAAUGUCAUCCCUUUGCUGACCUCUGUCCUGAAAGACCCCGACUGCUUCUGCGAGCCUGAAAAGUUCAACCCAUGCCACUUCUUGGAUGAUCAAGGGCUCUUUAAGAAGAAUGAAGCCUUCAUGCCCUUUUCCACAGGGAAGAGGAUUUGCGCUGGUGAAGGCUUGGCUCGUAUGGAGCUCUUCCUCUACCUGACUUCCAUUCUGCAAAAGUUCACGCUGAAGUCCCCAAUGGACCCCAAAGACAUUGAGCUCAUGCCAUCCGUAAGCGGCUUUGCCAACGUCCCACCCACCUACCAACUAUGUGCCAUCCCACGCUGAGGCCACGAAAUGAAAGGAAAAGGCCAACAUGGAACAUCAAUAGCCAGGCAUUGGAGAGAUUAUGGUGAACUGGGUACGAUGCUCCAUCUACAAUACCAUUAAGGCUGAAAAUUAAUUUGACAAUGCUGGAAAUUAGAAACCAUACUGUUGAUUCACUAGCAUGAAAUCCUUUGUGAAAUUGAUUAAUUUCCUUUAAAAUUGCUAAUUAAGUCACUGUUGAAAUGUUAGGUUUUGGGGAACUUACUUACUUACUUACUUAGGUGAUCCCUCGUAAUCUGAGGAUGAUGGUCCUCCAUGUGUAGUGUCCUGACGGUGGGUCCAUAGGUGACUGUGGAGCCCUAUUCUUGAUCUGCAUCUUCUCCCACAGUGAGGGCAUCAGUUUCCAGGUGGAAGGCGGUCCCGGUCGGAGUUGGCUUGACUUGCCUUCCUUUUGGCACAUUUCUCUCUUUCACCCUGUAUUCAUGCCUCUUCAAAUUCUACAGCACUGCUGGUCACAGCUGACCUCCAACUGGAACACUCAAGGGCCAGGGCUUCCCAGUGUCUAUGCCAGAGUUUUGAAGGUUGGCUUUGAGCCCAUCUUUAAAUCUCUUUUCCCUCUCCAACAUUCCGUUUUCUGUUUUUGAGUUCAGAAUAGAGCAACUGCUUUGGGAGACAGAGACAGAAGUGAGAGUAUCCCUCUUGUCCUUUGCUGAACGUAGCAUUUAUUGGAUUUUCUUGGUGGGUUUGUAGAUAGUUUGUAUGUUGUGUUUCCUGAUCAGCUUCCCUAAGUGGUCAGUGGUUCCCUUGAUGUAUGGCAAGAACACUUUUGCCAUACACUUUUGCAGGAGUCUACUGUAUACCAUGCAGCUGUGGACAAGUCUACAUAGGGACCACCAAACGCAGCAUUGCCCAAACACGAAUCAAGGAACAUGAAAGGCACUGCAGACUACUUCAACCAGAGAAGUCAGCCAUAGCAGAGCACCUGAUGAACCAACCUGGACAUAGCAUAUUAUUUGAGAACACAGAAAUGCUGGACCACUCUCACAACCACCAUGUCAGACAAGCAUGUGGACAAUUUCAACAGAAAGGAGGAAACCAUGAAAAUGAACAAAAUCUGGCUACCAGUAUUAGAAAUCUCUAAAAUUACAACAACACAACAACAGAGAGGAAACAAACAAAGACAUCUAAUCACCUCUCAACAAAAGAUUGCUCCAGGCACUGCCAGGCAAUCAAAUGCUAAUCAAGGUAGUCAGUUGAAACAUUCACACCUAGCUCCAACAGACAAGAGUCCUUUGUUCCACCCUGGUCAUUCCACAGAUUUAUAAACCCCUUUUUCCUAGUUCCAACAGACCUCACUACCUCUGAGGAUGCUUGCCAUAGA